AUGAUCAUGCCCGGAAAGGUGACCCAGCAAUUCGUGAGCGAAGUGAGAGAUUCAAUCAACAACGCCAUUCAAUGCACGCCUUACAGAGAGACUCAUGUCAUUGCAUUCCACUGGGAGAACGAUGACCUGAAUGUUGUUCCACUUGAACAAGAGCUCCUCGACGUUUUCAAAAACAUCUAUCAUUUUCACACCACAUCCUUCACCAUCCCACUCGUCGAUUCAUGGUACAAGCUUGUGACUCGCUUAGGCGAAUGGUCUCGACAGCAUCAAGGCCCUGAUAUACUAAGGAUCUUUGUCUAUUCCGGUCAUGCGCAUGUGUCUGGUUUAGAGGCAACAAGUUGGCGCUUAAGGGGAAACUUGAAGGUAGAUCCUAACACUGGCAGAUUGGCAGAUCCUGAUAUCAACUGGUGGACAGUCCGAGAUGGUUUGGAAAGUAUCCCUGGUGAAUCGUGCUACAUUUUUGAUUGUUGUUCCGCUGCUUCUGGGGCAUUAAGCCAAUACAAUGGGGCGGAAUUCAUGGCAGCCUGUCCCUGGGACCAAACUGCGACAGCUAUUCUCGAUAUAUCAUUCACGCGAAUCUUAAUCGAUACCCUUCGCGCUCUCAACGACCAACCGCAGACCUUGGCCACGAUUUACAGUCGAAUGUUCCGUUUCGCUCAAGAGACCCAUAUUGGAGCCUGUCCAGUCCACGUCCCCAAGAUCGGAUCUCGAAGUGUCACAAUAGGCCGGAGUUUGGCGACUCAGAGGGUCUCGAGAAGUAUGAACCAAAACAGCUAUCGAGUUUUGAUAAGCGUGAGGGUUCGGGGAGAUGUUCCGCAAGACCGUGCGCAAUGGACAGCGUGGCUGGCACGAAAUAUCCCCCAUGGCAUUCUUUCCACCGAUGUGGCCCUUGAAGGUUCAUUCCAUGGCUCAGGCACCAUGCUUGUGACUGUCCCAGUCGAGAUCUGGACAAUGCUACCCCGAGAUGAUCCUGCCUACACAUUCAUCGCACAUGUGUCGACCCACAACCUAUUGCAGCUAACGGGCGCAACCACACUCCCCAUUCGUUCCCCGCCGCCGUUUUGGCUAGGGAAACAUACGAGGAAAAAGCUGACGGGAAAAAAAAUGGGUUCUGGGCUUUCUGGGUUAUGCAGUUUAAAUAAACCAUAUCAGCUGGAUGGGAUAGUUCAAGUUACUGGUAGCUUUCACGAAAUUUAUGAAAAUGGCAAAGGCUUGCUGAUGAUCUAUGUCAUCUUGUAA